AUGAAUUUGGCAAUGAAGGAGAAUCCUUUGAGGCAUAGGAUCAAUGUUGGUGGACGCUUUUAUUCGAAAGAAUUCAGGGUGGAAGAUGACCUCCAUUGUGGCAGUGCUGCUUUUCGAGGCUUUGAACUAAGCCUAAUGCUCACCUCACAGGGUCUAGUCUUAUGUUUGGAUUAUUCAGUUUUGGCAUUGCACAAACGAUUGCCAGUCAUAGACUUCCUUAAGGAACAUGUUCGGAAUUUCCUAAAAGUAAGUGAUGUCAAAGGGUUGGAAAAUGAAGUGGCAAGUGCAUUAGAAGGACUGAAAGUUGAUGUAACUCACCGCGUCCCCCCACAGAAGUACAUGAUAGCAGGGUUAACCAGAACAAUUACACGAGAUAUUAAAUUCAUUCUCGAAGAUUCAGAGGGAAAUCCACCAACGAAAAUUGGCCUUGUCGAAUAUUUCAGGGAGAAAUAUGGGAAGGAAAUUAUGUACAAGGAUAUUCCCUGUUUAGAUUUGGAGAGAGAGAAUUAUGUGCCCAUGGAAUUUUGUACUUUGGUUGAGGGGCAGAGAUACCCAAAGGAGGACUUGGAUGACAAAAAAAGUCGGUUACUGAAGGACAUAUCAAUGCCUCCGCCGGAGAAGAGAAAGACAACUAUCUGUGAGAUGGUGCGGGCAAAAGAUGGACCUUGCGGAGAGGUCGCUGAAAAUUUUGGAAUUGAAGUUGAGAAGACCAUGACAAAAGUAUCCGGUCGUGUCAUUAAGCCACCUAACUUGAAGGUUGGCAAUGGUCAAAGUGUGACAGUUGACAGGGAGAAAUGUCAGUGGAACCUCUCUGGUAAAUCUGUGGUGGAAGGCAAGUCACUCGAGCGAUGGGCCUUGAUCGAUUUCAUUUCAUUUUCUAAAAUGAAUGCUUGUACUUUCAUUGGGAAUCUGAGAAAUAGAUGCAAAAAUCUGGGCAUCCGUGUGGAGGAGCCUGUUGUGUGCCAUUUUACUGGCAGGCUUGAUUUCUGUAGUGUCACUGAAAUUCAGAAACUUCUUGAAAGCGUGGUUAGUGAGGCUAAGGGGAAGUGUAAGGGCCGGUUGCAACUUAUUGUUUGUGUGAUACCCAAAAACAAUCCUGUCAGAAAAUAUCUUAAAUGGGUCUCCGAGACUCAGAUUGGGGUACUGACUCAAUGUUUCUGUACUGACCAGUAUCUUGCAAACCUUGCUCUUAAGAUUAAUGCCAAGCUUGGUGGUAGCAAUGUAGAGCUAAUUGAACGGCUCCCCGGUACUGAAGGUGAGGAACAUGUUAUGUUUAUCGGGGCUGAUGUCAAUCAUCCAGCUGCACGAAAUGUGACAUGUCCAUCAAUAGCAGCGGUUGUUGCAACAAUGAACUGGCCUGCUGCCAAUCGCUAUGCUGCAAGGAUUUGUCCCCAGGAUCACCGCAAGGAGAAGAUUCUGAAUUUUGGGAACAUGUGUUUGGAUCUAGUCAAUACUUAUGCUCGACUUAACAAAACCAGGCCAAAGAAAAUUGUGAUAUUUCGGGAUGGGGUAAGUGAAGGCCAAUUCGACAUGGUUCUCAAUGAAGAGUUACUUGAUAUAAAGAGGGCCAUAUGUACUGAAGAUUACCACCCAACAAUGACUCUUGUUAUUGCCCAGAAGAGACACCCGACCCGCCUGUUUCUUGAUAAUGGCGGGGGUGCAUCCCACAAUGUGCCUCCUGGAACAGUUGUGGAUACAACAAUCGUUCAUCCUUUUGAAUUUGAUUUUUAUCUGUGCAGCCACUAUGGAAACAUUGGGACAAGCAAGACAACGCACUACCGUGUCCUGUGGGAUGAGAAUACUUUUACGUCUGAUGAGUUACAGAAGCUGAUAUAUCACUUGUGCUUCACCUUUGCAAGAUGCACCAAGCCUGUCUCAAUUGUGCCUCCAGUUUACUACGCUGAUCUUGUCGCGUUCAGGGGACGCGAAUAUCAAGAGGUAGUGAUGGAGAUACAGUCUCGUGUUUCAUCAUCAUCUUCGGUUUCUGUUGCUUCACUUGAUGAGAGGUUCUACAAACUGCACCCAGACAUUAAGAAUGAGAUGUUUUUCAUUUGA